AUGAAGAAAAUAAACAUAUCAGAAGGGGUGGAUAGGAUCAGUGAGUUAUCAGACGAAGUUCUGGGUCACAUCCUGUCUCUUCUUCCGAGCAAGGAAACCAUAGCCACAUGCUUGUUGUCUAAGAGAUGGAGAUAUGUUUGGAAAUUGGUUUCGGCGCUGGACUUUGUAUGCUUGCCAGAUAUGACUAUCAAGGCUCUCACCAAGGUCAGUGAGUUCUUGAGGUUAUGUGGAACAAAAAGGAUCAGAAGGUUUCAUGUCAAAUGUAAAAGCCAUAUCCAUCAAUGUUGGCAGCCGUGGAAUGAUCUCGAUCUCGAGGGUAAUACCGGUCCUUGUUGCUUAUAUCAUAUCCAAGAAUUUGUUGAUGCAGCCAUAGCGGGAAAGGUUGAGCAACUGAGUAUUUCCAUGCCUCAACACCGGAAUGGGAACCAUGAGCCUCUUUUCAUGUCUCAACACCGGAACCAUGAGCCGCCUCUUUUCUUUGUGCCUACAAACUUGUUCAACAGCGCCACAAUUGUGUCCUUGAAGCUUGAAGGUCCGUUCAUUCUCCUUGUUCCUUCCUGUAUUCAACUCCCUUCCCUGAAGAGUUUGCAUCUCAGUGUGCGAAAAUGCGAACCCUCCCUUAAGAAGUUUCUCUCUGGAAUUCCAUCUCUUGAAGUGUUCUCCCUGAAGCAAGUGGACAGUGAUUUCUCUCUUUGA